ACGGUUUCUAGCAAACGAUUCGAAACGUUACCAGCAAUUUCUUGCAAUUGGCGGUGUGAGCUCUUAAGAACGCGAAGUACUCCGUGUGUGCGUGUAGCUACGAUUCAAAUCGAUUCAAUCAGAACGUUCGGGUUCGUUGCGUGCUCUUCUUUGUGAACGAAAAAAAAAGCAUUUCUCUCGAGUGAAAAUGAAGUAUUUCAUUGCCAUUGCUCUCCUCAUCGCUGCCGCACAAGCAGUACCCGUAGAAUACGGCCAUUAUCCCGCACCGAUUUUAGCGCAUGCGCCAGUCUUGGCACACGCUGUGCAUGCUGAACCUGUUGCAUACCCGAAAUACUCUUUCAACUACGGCAUUAAGGAUCCACACACCGGCGAUAUCAAGUCGCAAGCCGAAGAGCGUGAUGGCGACGUAGUCAAGGGCCAAUACUCGCUGGUCGAACCCGAUGGCUCAGUGCGUACCGUCGACUACACUGCCGAUGAUCAUAACGGUUUCAACGCUGUCGUGCACAAGACCGCACCGAAAUUGGUAGCUCAUGCACCAGUGUUGGCACACGCACCCGUCUUGGCACACGCACCACUGCUGCAUCAUUAUUAAAUGCGCUGAUUAAGGGCUAGAGAGCGUGUAAAGGAUUUGAAGUUGGUUGUGCGAGAAAUGAGAUCGUUUUGUCUUGUGGAGCAAUUUCGAUGUGAUUGUAAAGCUGGCCGUGACACAUAUAUAAUUUAGGCGUGAACAAAAGACGAUCUUACAAGUGAGGAAUGCCAACUUUUCAACUUCAAACGCUACUCAGCCCUGCAACACUCUUGCACAUACACUUACCCACUCACAUACUCAUUGACUCACUCAAACUAUUUACUCGUUACAGUUAGCGAGUACUUGCAUUUAACGAAUAAAAUACUUACUUGUAAUUAGCGAUUUUAGUACAACGAAACGAUCGCCGAGCAAUCAGCAGAAAAGGAUUCAUUCAAAUGAGAAGGAUAGCAAUAAAGAUGAUUAAAUGACGCAAAUACCAGGAGAAUAGAACAAACAAAUGGAAAAAUACUUUGUCUCUCUCUCUGUCUCUCACUCACUCUUUGUGGCUUAACACAUGCUUAUCGUAUACAGUUAUAUUAUAUUUUAUAUUAAACAGAUAAUUUUGUAGUUAUAGACGAACACAAAGUUGAAGAAGGAGUAGUUGUAGUAAUAGUAGACGAAAAUGGAGAACAUCAUUCAUAUUAUGUAAUGUGGGAUCGUACUUUUUUACGCACAAAACAUACACUUGCCCUUUCUUACAUUACUUUCCAACUCUUAAUAUUUCUCUGAACACUUCUUUUCUUAUUAAAAUGUUUUCUCUUUUUUCUACUCAAGAGUGAAGUUUAUAAUUUAGAGCAUUCGUUUUUCUACAAGGGAGCGGAGUAGUUUUACGCUCAAAAUUCUGUAAUUUUUUUAAAUGAUUGAAGCUCAAGCAACAUUUCCGUUUAAAAAAGUUGAAAUAACCACUCUCCCUCAAAAGCUACCUAAAACGUCUUUAGUAUCUUUCAGUACUACUUUUGUAAAAUAUUUAUGCACUCUCUUGCAACUGUUUAGCGCUCUUUAGUUAAAAAUGUGGUUGUUUCAACCUUUUUUCGGUUUAUAAUAUUACAGAACUUGUUUGAAGUUGCCACAAUAGUGUAUAAGAUUUUGUGACUCAGAGAGCGCAAAAAAAGUGCCAUCAGCUAGGUUUUUGAAAAAAAAAGUGCUCAAAAUUUUUGAGUACAAAUUCGAAAACACUCAAACUGUUUGAGUAUAUUUCUCACUAAGCAACUAGCAUAUGAGUAUACACUCACUCAUUUGCUCUGUCUGUCUCGUUUGCAGUAAUAACCCUCUUAUUUAUAAACUUCACUUUACACUGUCAUGGAAAGCACAGAAAAAAAAAAGAAAAAAAUCCUUUAAUUGCAAUUCAUUGCCAAUAUAUGGAGCCGGUCAUAGUGCAUUAAAAAUUGAGGUGCCUCUCGCACGCUCUCUACCCUCUCUCCCUCUCUCUCCUUUUCACGCUAUCGCCUCUCAUUAACCCAACACUUGUCUUCAAUCUUGUCAUUUGCAUUUAAUGAUAUCUUUUAUAUCAA